GGAGGGGGGGAGCAAAUUAAAAGUUGCCAAAUGGAGAUAUUGGGUUUCAAGAGGAGUGAGACAGGAGUAAAAGGGUUUGCCUCGUUGAGUCGUCUUUAUGUUGUGCUAAUCGGGAUAACUAUGUGCGGGCUCGACACGGUUUAGUCCUCUGGCACCGUCGGUGAAUUCCGCCCGACGUUUUCCAAAAAUAGGCGUUGACGACAUCGCGGCUAGCUAACCACGGCAGGCCGGUGUUUUAACGUAAAAAUGCAUUUAAAAAAACACCCACCACCAUAGCGGUCUAGUUCGGAACGCUACCCGACCGGAACACGGGCUGCUACGGGAAUCCUCCCGGUUAAAACGCGUCGGUUCGGUGUAUCGAUACGAAACGUGACGUUAUUUUUGUCUCCCGUUCGCGUUGGCAGAUGAGCCGCAUGGAGGACAAAUGAAAGCCUCCCAGACGGAGAAGGAAAUAAUCACGUCAGCGACCACCAGCCACGGGCUGGACGACGGGCGUGUUUGUGCUGCUUUGAAUGCGAUUAUCAUACCGUCGACCGGGUCUAUUUUCGGAAUACAGAACGCGGGGAGCCGGACGCCAGUUGGCCAACGGGAAGCAGCGGCGGUACCGGCGGGGCUCCGGUAGCACCGCGGCGGCGGGGACCGGCUCUAGCUCGGUCCCCGCCGCGAAGCUUACACGACAGGAUUUGAGCUAGAACUCCCAACAAAACGGGUUUAAAAGUGAAUCCCGAGAACCAGAAUCACAAACGAGUGAUAAAUCUGCGGAUUCAGUGUUUUUUUUUUGAGCUACCCUUUAAAACGCCAUUUUUAUUUUCAGGGAAGCCACUUCAGCUCUGUCGUCUUUAUGAAAAAUCGAGCUAACGGGAUAUUAGUUAAUUAAAUUCCGUUUAAUUCGUACCGUUGUUGUGAGAAAUGUCGUAUUCCACACAGUACCAAAGUGGGUGUUAUUUAUAUGUGAAAUAAAAAACAUGUUGCGGUUAAGUUUUUUGUUGUUUUUUUUUAGCUCGAAAAAGAUCGACAUCGCUUCUUUUCGUCGCAUUGUGGUGACUUGAGCUGUUCAAAAUAAUGUAAAACGUUAGGCCGGUUAGCGUGGUUAUUAAAUAAAAGACAACAUUCUGCAUUAAAAACUACGUGUCGCGGGUUUCUUUAAAAAAACUCGCAAUGCCGUCAGUUUACAGAGCUCAUUUAGUGUAGAAGCAAGUCGUUCUUUGUUCCCCCUGAACCAAAGAUGGAGGCUGAACGUGGCUCUGGUGUAAAGACAACCUUUGGCAGGCCCAGAAAACAAAGGGUGCUAAAUGACUGAACACAUGCUUCCUGCUGGAAAUCUGUGUCAUGGAUGAUGAGGAUGAUCGUCAUCUUCUGGAUAUUUUAGGAGAUGUGGACGCAUUGAAUGACUAUCUCCAUGGCAGCAACAGCAAGUCUAUUGAGGAGGAUGAUGUAACAAACGCUGCUUUUGGGUCAGAUUCAUCCUUCUUUUCCAGUGACACGGUUGGCUCAAACUCUGGCCUCAAGGAUGGCUCUUCUACAAUGGGUGAAUUCGUCGACGAUCCAACAGAGGCAGGCCUCCAGCUCUCCGGCAGCCUUUCAUUCAUCGAGGAUGAAUUGGGGUCCGGGGACUCUCCCGAAGGGGUGGAUGUUGGGGGAGAGGACCAGCCCUUUGACAUCCUACAGAAGUCCCUCAUGGAGGCCGACAUCACGGAGCAGACAUUGGCCCAGGAGGCCUUGCUAGACUCCCAGCCCGCUCCCACUCUGGUGCAGGCUCCCGUCUCCUUCCCCUCCCAGCUGGUCUCUGGGGGCUAUGGAGGGGGUGUGGUAACCACGGCGACAGCUGCGUUCCCCACAGGCCAGUUCCUGCAAGGUGUCUCCCAGCUGCCCAAUGGCUCCGCCCAGCACAUCCAGGUGUUGGGGUCCUUUGGGGCGGGUGCUGGCGUGAUGACUCUGAGCAGCCUGGAGAGAACUCCUCAGCUCGUGCUGAGGCCCGGGGCGCCUGUAGCCGCGACCGGUGGGGGCGCCACAGGGGGACAGGUGUUCGCUCCGACACAAGGGCAGGUGGGCCAAGUCGGCCUACCUUUCAAAAACAUUCCCCUUCAAAACAUCAUCAUUCAGAGAGGCCCCGGAGGGACCCAGACUCUCGUCAGACCUAUCCAGCCAAAACCCCUCCAAUCUGGGACUCAGACUGUCUACAGCCUCGGUCUCCAGCCCACUCAGACCGGCGGGGCUAACGUAGUUAACGCUAACACCGCUCCUCCGGGGGGGCAGUACUCAGCCAACGGCUCCAUCGUUGUGCAGCCCACCCUGGAGCAGCAACAAGCGCAGGCCCAAGCACACAUACCGCCGGGACAGUUCUUGCUGCCCAGCUCGUUGGCGCUUACUCCAGCCGGCGCCAACCACAACGGCCCCGCCGACCCCAACUCAAUUACCGGGCAGAAUGCGGUGCAGAUUGUCGGUGGGCAGAACUUUGCCGCCCCCCCGGGAGGCCAGCUCAUUUUGAAUCAGGGAGUAGUCAGCCGGAGUCAGGUCGGAGGGGCCGUAACUCAAACGUGGACCGGGGUUUCUUGUGCGAACUCCGCCUCCGUUCAGACAACGUCCCCUCCCGGGCGCCUGACUCUGGUUGGCCCGGCGACGGCGGGGAUCGGCCGCCAAGGCCAAGUGUCUGCUAGCGCCGUUCAGCGCCUUCUAGUGACUCAAACUCAGAAUUGCACUUCUCUGUCCCCUAUAGCUGGUACUGUGACGCAGGAGCAGGACUACAGACAGAAUUCUUCCUCUCCGGGCCUCAAGCAUGCGCAGCUCGGCAGCAUAUAUGCCAUGACAACCAUGACUCAAGAUUCAAAGCUCAACUCUCAGGUCAGUGCCCAGAAGAGACCUGCCCUUCCGCCGCUUACAAGAGCAGAAAUGAUUUUACUACAGCUGAGGAAGGACCAUGCUGGCGUUCAGACCCUAGAUCAGCGUCCGUUCAAUUCAAUCGACGACGCACUGCAAAGACUCCUCCCGUACCACGUGUUCCAGGGCGCUCCACCCAGCCACGAGGAGUUCUCUCAGGUGGAUGAAGAAUUUGAGGUCGUUGCAACUAAAGUGCUGAUGAGGACGCAUGUGAUGGUGAACAAAUACAGACGGCUGCUAAUGGUGGAGGCCGAGCGUUCCAGUCCCUCAUCAGAAAUGGUGAUGAUUGACAGGACGUUCAACCAAGAGGAGCGCAGCAACCUGACGCAGGACAAACGCAUGAUUCUCGUAGAUCCAGACGCCUUCUUUGAAGACUUCUGUUGCGGAAUGAAAUCCAAACUUUCCCAAGAUCCCGCCGCUUCCCAGAUUCGGUCGGAGAGAGGCUCCGCGGAGCCGGCGAACAGGACAGACUCCCAGUGUGGAGACCCGGGAGGGGCUGGAACAAAAAGACUCCACCCGCCGCUCUUAGAAAACAAGAGCGUCCUGGAACUGAAGAAAUCUCAGCUACACUACGGGCCGGACGGCGGUUGUCCACCAGGUAACCCCUCCGCCAAUGCAGCCUCGGCGGGAGGACAGACGCACUACCAGGAGUCUCACCAGCUGUCUUCCCACCCGGUGCAGCCGCAGUGCCCCGCUAAGCUCACCUCCCCCCCCCGCGGCGACGCAGACUCUGCUCUGGAGGCGGCGGUCAACAGCAUCUUGGAAUGUUAAGGCUGAUUUCGUCCCUGGUUUGGACUUCUUUUGAGUGAGCGGAGGUUUUGUUUUUGUGAUAUUUGUUGUAUCCCGCCCGCCCAUUACCUGUGUGAAGGGAGGUGAACUCUUCUUUCAGGUCUAUUAUCUUUGUGAUACCAUCUCCGACUAUGUAGCAUGUAUUCAGUUUUUGGGGGGGCGGGCAUAAAGGGGGUUUUGGUAUGACUCCAGGUGAAUACAGGCACUCAAGAUGACCCUAAAACAUCCGGGGAAUGUGUAAAAUGCCAGUUGGAAUAAGUUCUUGUUUACUUUAACCUUAUUUUAAAGGGGAAGGGUCCGCAAUUUCAGUCGAUUGAAUACUAGAGUCUCUUCACCCACGCACCGUUGAUCUUUCGUGCCAGUUCAUGUCCAUAUUUCCCACAUGCCGAAGAACGAGGAGCAACAAAGUGAAAAAUCUGUGCCUGAUGCUAGGUUUCUGGUUUGAUGUGUUUACAUGAAGGAGGUCUUUUUUUAGAAAAAUCCACAAUUCUUUCUGCAUUACAAACAUGCACAGUGCACACACACACGCACGCGUUAGUACGACGCGUUAUGUAGGUUCAUGGGUUGGAGGUGUAGAAGUUAAGCUCAGUAGAGAAACAUUCACAUAGACAAAUUGCACUAAACGCACUGUUGCUUUUUCCAGAACUCAAAGAGUGCGUCAGACUAAACUAUUGUAUUUGGUACAAGGAUAACCUCUCAAUCCCACGAGCAACCCGUCACACUGGUCCCAUCGACAUGUAUAGUAGUUUUACUGUACUCAGCAAUGCUUUUUUUUUUCUUGUGCUCAAGUAACAUUUUCUUUGGCAUUUCUUCUUUUGUACCUUAAAGGUAUGCGAGCCCCGACACAGACACAGGACAAAUACUCUCAACCACUUUUAGCAUUUCACAGUGUGUUUGUGUCAAGGGGAGCUUAGUCCUCAGAUUGAGGAAGUUAUGUUACAGUAUAUAUUUUUUAUUUCCUCUUUUUUUUUAUUUUUAGAAAUGACAUUAAAAAAGAUGACGGAUGUUGUUUGUCGUGAUGUGUUCCCACGCUUUUAAAUACAGCAACAUUGUUUGAAUGACCCGGUGGGUCAUUGAUUGUAGGUACGUUGGUCUGCCUUCUGGGUAUCGACCAUAUCCAGCUAUCGACGCUUCUCUCCCGUGACGCGUCGGUCAGUGUGUGUGUGUCAGUGUGUUAACCUGCGCACACACACACACACACAGGUGUGUGACCGUCCUCACCCAAUCGUUUGAUUGCCAAACUUGUUUUCAUACCCAAGAGUUUCACUCGGCCUCCCAGGAGUUUCUUUUUCUCUCCUUUCCCACUCAGCAGCGCAACCAAAACUCAAAAACCAGGAGAGAGAUGUUCGUCUUUACGCUGGUUAUUACGUCUCUGUAGUGUUUCCUUUGAAGCUGUGCCCUGAAAGAGUUUUCAUUCAUUUUUAAUAAACUUACCGAGAUAUUUCAA